UUAACACUCGCAGUCACGACUUCACGAACCAAAACUCCUUCCACCAUGUCCAUCGAUUUCCCGGCCGAGGAGGGUGUUGUUCUCAACAGGUGGCGGGAAAUCAACGCCUUUGGGAGACAAGUAGAGCUUUCUCGUGGCCGCAAACCGUACACUUUUUACGAUGGUCCUCCGUUCGCGACGGGUCUCCCCCAUUACGGGCAUCUGCUGGCAUCUACUAUUAAAGAUGUUAUCCCGAGGUAUUGGUCUAUGAAGGGUUACUAUGUUGAGAGACGAUUUGGUUGGGAUACCCACGGCGUCCCCAUCGAGUAUGAAAUCGACAAGAAAUUGGGCAUGUCUGGUUUGGAGGCUGUCGAGAAGCUAGGCAUUGCAAAAUACAACGAGGAAUGCAGGGCUAUCGUUAUGCGCUUUGCUUCAGAAUGGCGUGAGACUAUUGAGAGGCUUGGACGCUGGAUUGAUUUUGACAAUGAUUACAAGACGAUGAACCCUUCCUUCAUGGAAUCGGUAUGGUGGGUUUUCAAACAGCUCUUCGACAAGGGACUUGUCUACCGGGGUUACCGAGUCAUGCCUUACUCGACCGCACUAAACACGCCACUGAGUAACUUCGAAGCCCAACAGAACUACAAAGAUGUUCAAGAUCCCGCGGUUGUCGUCACUUUCCCGUUGUUGGACGACCCGCAAACCUGCCUGCUUGCUUGGACUACUACGCCAUGGACUUUGCCUUCCCACACUGGUCUUGCUGCCAACCCCGACUUCGAGUACGUCAAGAUCCACGACGAGGCUUCAGGAAAGAACUACAUCCUUCUCGAGUCGCUACUCAGAACUCUCUACAAGGACCCAAAGAAGGCCAAGUUCAAGAUUGUGGACCGGAUCAAGGGCUCCGAUCUCAAGGGGCUGAGAUAUGAGCCUCUUUUCGAUUACUUCUAUGAACAGUUCAAAGACUCUGGUUUCCGUGUUUUGAACGCCUCCUACGUUACCGCUGAUGAUGGUGUGGGUCUUGUCCACCAGGCGCCUGCAUUCGGUGAAGACGAUUACAAGGUGGCUGUGGAGGCAGGAAUUGUCACGGAAACCCGUCUUCCUCCCAACCCUAUUGAUGACAAGGGCUGCUUUACCUCCGAGGUCCGUGACUUUGCCGGCAUGCAUGUCAAGGCUGCCGACAGAGCUAUCAUUAAAUAUUUGAAGGGAACUGGUCGUUUGAUUGUCGACAGCCAGAUUACUCACAGUUAUCCAUUCUGCUGGAGGUCCGAUACUCCCUUGAUCUACCGUGCUGUGCCCGCCUGGUUUGUCAAGAUCGGCCCCAUUAUUCCUCAGAUGCUCCAGGGAAUCGAAGAAUCUCACUGGGUGCCGUCUUUUGUUAAGGACAGAAGGUUUGCUAGCUGGAUCCAGAAUGCAAGGGAUUGGAACAUCUCCAGAAACAGAUUCUGGGGUACUCCCUUGCCACUAUGGGUUAGUGAUGACUUCAAAGAAGUUGUCGCUGUCGGCAGCGCCGAGGAACUCAAGAAGCUUAGUGGUUACGAAGGAGAAAUCACAGAUCUCCACCGCGACAAGGUCGACAACAUUACGAUUCCCAGUAAGCAAGGAAAGGGCGUCCUCCGCCGUGUCAGUGAGGUCUUUGACUGCUGGUUUGAGUCUGGAAGCAUGCCCUAUGCCUCUCAGCACUACCCCUUUGAAAAUAAGGACGCCUUCGAAAACAGCUUCCCAGGAGACUUCAUCGCUGAAGGAUUGGACCAGACCCGUGGCUGGUUCUACACCCUGACUGUUUUGGGCGUGCACCUUUUCGGAAAGCUUCCCUUCAAGAACUGUGUUGUGAAUGGUAUCGUCCUUGCCGAGGACGGAAAGAAGAUGUCGAAGAGGUUGAAGAACUAUCCUGAUCCCAACCUGAUUAUGCAAAAAUAUGGCUCAGAUGCUCUCCGACUCUAUUUGAUCAAUUCUCCCGUUGUCCGUGCUGAGCCGCUGAGAUUCAAGGAAUCCGGUGUCAAGGAAAUUGUGGCAAAGGUCCUCCUUCCGCUAUGGAACAGCUACAAGUUCUUUGAGGGUCAGGUUGCCCUUUUGAAGAAGAUUCAAGGCGUCGAUUAUGUUUUUGACCCCAAGUUAGGAGCAUCAAAUACCAAUGUCAUGGACCGAUGGAUUUUGGCCAGCUGCCAGAGUCUUCUGAAAUUUGUCAACCAGGAGAUGGCCGGUUACCGUCUGUAUACUGUUGUUCCUCGACUGCUUGAGCUGAUUGACAACACGACAAAUUGGUACAUCCGAUUUAACCGGAAGCGUUUGAAGGGUGAAAAUGGUGUUGAAGAUACUCUUCAUGCCCUGAACACCCUUUUCGAAGUUCUUUUCACUCUAGUUAGAGGUCUUGCACCAUUCACGCCAUUCAUCGCCGACACUAUCUACCUGCGGCUCCUUCCACAUAUCCCUGAGGCCCUUCGUGCUGAGGACAGCCGAAGCGUGCACUUCCUUUCCUUCCCUGAGGUUCGGGAGGAGCUGUUCGAUGAGGUUGUCGAAAGACGGGUGUCGCGGAUGCAAAGGGUGAUCGAACUCACUCGUAUCUCUCGAGAGCGUCGUACUAUUGGUUCAAGGACUCCGCUGAAGACCCUAGUUGUGAUCCACCAGGACCAGCAAUACUUGGAUGAUGUUAAGUCGUUGGAGCGCUAUAUUCUCGAGGAACUGAACGUGCACGAGCUUAUCUUGUCGUCCGACGAGGCUAAGUACAACGUUCAAUACCGGGCCACAGCUGACUGGCCCACUCUGGGGAAGAAGUUGAAAAAGGAGGUGCAGAAGGUCAAGAAAGCUCUGCCCUCGUUAUCCAGCGAUGACGUGAAGAGAUAUGUCGCCGAGAGGAAGAUUAUGGUGGCUGGAAUUGAGCUAGUUGAAGGCGACCUAGUGGUCAAGCGAGGUCUGAAAGAGGAUGAUGCAGCCUCCAGGGGCAUGGAGACGAACACCGACGAAGACGUUUUGACUAUUCUCGAUGUAACCUUAUACCCCGAACUGGCCCACGAAGGUUUAGCUCGGGAGGUCAUCAACCGGAUUCAACGUCUCCGUAAGAAGGCCGGUUUAGUUCCCACAGACGACGUGAAAAUGGAGUACACAGUCCUCUCUGACCCUGAGGACGUUGGCCUUGCAGGGGCCUUUGAGUCCCAGGCAAAAACCAUCGAGAAGGCCGUACGCAGACCCGUUGAUAAGGUGGCUGCCGAAGAGAAGGUUAAUGAGGAGGACCUCAUUAUACAGGAGGAGCAAGAGGUCCAGAAGGCAACAUUCCUGCUCAGAUUCCUCAAGCUGUAGUUGCUUUUGUUUCUUAAGAUUCAAAAGAGAGAACAUGCUUGCUAGCCUUUGUAGAUAGAAUGCUACUUCCCUAGACAUGCGUCUUUAUGAAAAGGAUGUGGCAUUACAAACACUGCUUUCUUAUUAAGUUACAAAGUACUAAUUGGAAAUUCUCCUGGUCUUGGGCCUCCUAAAUCUUCUUCGAUGCGGCCUGCAUUGCCUCAUCGUUAGUUACUCCAUUGAAUACACAGUUUUUUUCGGAGGCAGUACCAGAAAACAAUUCUUGAGCUUCAUAAACUCAUUCACACACAUAUCCUUGUGCACCCCAUUAUAGUCAGCAACGACGCAUUUUCCAUACGCAGCAGCCUAAGGUUGAACGUAGUUAACAAUCAGUUGAAUAUCCCAUCAAAGGAUGAGGAAUGGGAUAUAGACCUCUGCAGAGCACUGUGCCGUGGCCCUUGCAAAUUUUUCGAUAGGCCUCGUUUUUGUCGGCAUUAUUAGACUGGCCUAGGCUUGACAGUUCCCUAGCAGACGUUCGAUGCAGCAGC